AAACAACAUAUGAUAGCAAUGUUUGAGUCAAUGAAUGAAUGAAUGAUUCAUUUAAUUAUUAAUAAACAAAACAAACACUUGAAUGAUAUGACGUGUCUAUCAAUCAAAUGGACACCAAUUUGAUUGGCAAUUAUAUCAAGACUACCACCGCUUCGGGCGCUUAACUAUUGAGACAGAUAUAUCUUAACCGAUCGACUUUUUUUUAAUUACCAGAAGACAGACAAUCGGCAGAAGACCGCGACCUCAACAACAAUAAUGGCCAGAGAGCGGACCCAAGAGUUCUUCUCGACCAUCAAAUCCAUUGAAGCCAAACCACAGUAUAUGAACAGUGAGUUAAGAUCCCGACGGCAACAAAACCAAAAGUGGACAAAUGGAUCGGUUGGCCAAUCGCUACAGUCUGGUCCGCACUACAAAUCGUAUGUACAGUUUAUGCGCGGUUCGCGAUCGGUGGCCAGGGAUUUGUUUGCCACUUACCAGAAGUUAGAAAAGAUCAACGUUUUGGCCCAAAAGAAGACCAUCUUUGACGGUGAAGAAGCUUCGCGCGAACUGAACGAAUUGGUAUAUAUUGUCAAACAGGAUAUCACUUCAUUGAACCAACAAAUUGAACAAUUAAGACAACAACAGCAAAUGCAACAACAGAAGAACGCCGCCAACAUUGAAAGCCACUCGAAGAAUGUCGUACUAACACUUCAGCAUCAAUUGGCAUCAAUUAGUAAUAAUUUUAAGAACACUCUUCAGCUUAGGACACAAAAUAUGGCCCAACAGAAGCUCCGGAGGGAACAGUUUACGACAUCGCCAGCUGCGGUCCAAUCGAAGAAUCACUCGACAGUCAUUGAUUUUAGCGACGAAUACGCUCACAGUAGUAGUAGUAAUGGUCAUAAUAGUAAUAAUAAUGGCGACUAUCACGACGAUCAGCGACUACAAGAAAAACAGCUACUCAUCUAUGAAGACCAGAGCAAUGAUUAUUUAGAAGAAAGGACUAAUACUAUGCAAUCGAUUGAGUCGACAAUUGUCGAAUUGGGCACUAUAUUCAAUCAGUUGGCAACAAUGGUUCAGCAACAGGAAGAGAUGAUCACCCGAAUUGAUGCCAAUGUGACCGAUACGGCACUCAAUGUAGAGGCCGCACAUCAGUCAUUACUUCAAUAUUUUUCAUCCGUUACCAACAAUCGAUGGCUUAUAUUGAAAGUGUUUGGCAUAUUGUUUGCCUUUUUCAUACUAUUUGUUGUACUUAUAUCCUAAUUGUAAUUUUAAUUAUUAUUAUUAAAUACAGUAAAUAUUUUAA